GAUCCCCAAGCAGUCUGACCGGCUUCCCACUCCCCAUGGCGUCUUUGUCUCCCUGGGGACACCAGCUCUGAGCUUCCGCUCAGCUCAGCCCAGCCCCCCACUCCCGGAGAUGGCAUCGGGGGAGAGGAUAAUAUAGGGUGGCCUUCUGAACCACGUCUGGUGGUGGAGAGCCCCGGUGAGACCUCCGCAGACACGUGGUGGACGCAGCACUUUAGGCCAGUGACAGCUGGAAGUCCCCCAGCUCAGCAACGUCCCCGCCUCCGGAUGCUACUGCUACUCUCUCUGCCCCUACCCUUGGUGUCAGACCUGCUUGGUAUCAAAGGCUAGGUCUGGAUGGGGACUUGGCACGUUUGUGAGCUCAUAUCUCCCCUGUCUACCUGCCUUUUGUUUGCUCUCAAAUUCAGACAGCUUCAGACUCAGGGAGGGAGGGUGAGAGGGAAGACAGGUGGGUGCUACUCUCAAGCCCCGCUUCCCUCUCCUGAGAUGGAGAAAUGGAUCCUCAAAAAGAUAAAGUAUUUACAGUCUGGGGGCCUCUCAGCUUCUCAUUACAAUUAUAAGGUUGAUUCUUUCAGGGAGCGGAUCACAAGUGAGGCAGAAGACUUGGUGGCAAAUUUUUUUCCAAAGAAGUUGUUAGAACUCGAUAGUUUUUUGAAGGAACCAAUCCUAAACAUCCAUGACCUAACUCAGAUCCACUCAGACAUGAAUCUCCCAGUCCCUGACCCCAUUCUUCUCACCAAUAGCCACGAUGGACUGGACGGUCCCACUUACAAGAAGCGAAGGUUGGAUGAGUGUGAAGAGGCCUUCCAAGGAACCAAGGUGUUCGUGAUGCCCAAUGGGAUGCUAAAAAGCAACCAGCAGCUAGUGGACAUUAUUGAGAAAGUGAAACCUGAGAUCCGGCUGCUGAUUGAGAAAUGCAACACGGUCAAAAUGUGGGUACAGCUCUUGAUUCCCAGGAUAGAAGAUGGGAACAACUUCGGGGUAUCCAUUCAGGAGGAGACAGUUGCAGAACUAAGAACUGUUGAGAGUGAAGCUGCAUCUUAUCUGGACCAGAUAUCUAGAUAUUAUAUUACAAGAGCCAAAUUGGUUUCUAAAAUAGCUAAAUAUCCCCAUGUGGAGGACUAUCGUCGCACCGUGACAGAGAUUGAUGAGAAAGAAUAUAUCAGCCUUCGGCUCAUCAUAUCAGAGCUAAGGAAUCAGUAUGUCACUCUACAUGACAUGAUCCUGAAAAAUAUCGAGAAGAUCAAACGGCCCCGGAGCAGCAAUGCAGAGACACUGUACUGAGGCCAGGGCCAGGGCCAGGGGACUCUGUGAGUCUGGCUCAAGACCGACAUUGCCUUGGUUUGUUACAUGACUAUCGUGAUGGGGAAACUGGCUGGAAAUAGUAAUCCCACCUCUCUCUGUUUUUAGUUAGAGUCUAAUGAAACUCUCAUGUAGUUCUGUGACGUGUUUACCUCUUUUUUCAGGCCUCAGGAACUCUUCUAUUUCCUUCCCUAAUGCCCCACACCCGACAUGUCCUAAUUUCUGGAGAAGUCCAGCUUUGUGUGUGCAGGACGUUGGCACAAGAAUACUUGUGUUUUCUCUCCCUGCCCUCGCCCUCCUGUGUCUUGAGCUUUGUGUUGUUUUUUUUUUCCCCCCCUUCUGUUGACUAGUUGAUUAGAAGCUGAGGGAACUGGAAGGAAAGUGCUAGGUGUUGGGGGGUGCUGUCCAGCUCCUCUCUGAUGUCAGGUUAGUGUCUCUUGCCACUGUGUGGGACAUUGGAUUCUCCCCCCAGUUUCCCUGAUGAUAACUUAGGGUCUCCCAUCUGCAUACAUCCCACCUUGAACCUGAUCAUGACAAGAAACACCUUAGGCCUUCUGCCAAGUCCCUAGCUCCUUGAGAUGUUUUUAUAACUAGGAUUUUCACAUACAUAUAUGUGUGUGAUAGACACAUACGUACAGACAUGCACGCACAUGCCUUCCUACUCCAUCAUCUGAUUUCUCCAUCCCAUCGUCUGUUGUUUUCCUGUGUCCCGUCACCCCCAUCCCAUGAAUUCUGUCACACACACAUCAUUCAGAAGCUGAUAGUAGUCUUAGUCCUCACCUACCGGGGCCCAUCGUUCUGCUAUUAUAUAUAUAUAGCCUCUCGGUGCUCAGAGGCUGAUGAAUUGGAGGAGAGAUGAGAAUCAGAGGAUUUGGGGGAAGGCCCCUUCCUCUGCGACUCGGGUCUUUUGGGGCGUUACUGCAAAGGCUGGUCCUCUGACUCCUGGGUGCCUCUUCUAGGCCAGUUGUAAAUCGGGGUGGGUUGUCUGCAGCUGUGAAGGCCAGAUACUGCUGCUUCUGUUGGGCUUUCCUGUGGGACAAAUAGUUCUCUUAUUUAUAGUAUUGUGCUUCCAAGGAAAGCAGCACCUGCGUAUAUGUGUGUGUACGUGCACACACCUGCGUGUAUGCAUUGUGUGUAUGUGAAAAUCCGCUGGGCAAGUCAAAACCACAGAAGAGUUGCCUCCUGUUCCUCAAAUCUUCCCGAGCUCUCACUUGUUACAGCUUUUCUCCUAACCCUCCACAAAGCCCCACUUUCAUUCUGCCGCUACUGGAGGGUCUGUAUCUGCGGUCAGCCUGCCAGUGACUCUCUCUGUGUCUGUUUCUGACUUUAAUUCUUCCCUUGUCUUCCUCUUGCCUUCAACCCCAAUCACAUUUCCACCCAGCUGCAUCAUUUUUACUCCCGGUAUGCUAUAGAGAAGGAGUCAGGAUGCUGUCUUCCCAUGAAUAGUACUCAGUAACAAACCAAUUGCAUUUUAGUUGGGCAGUGCCCCUACCUACCCUCCAGAUCCCUUCCAGCUAACCACCCCCCCCACCAUGUGUUUCUCAGUUUCCCUUUUUGUUUGUUGGAUUAUUCUGCUGCCCCUUCUCACUCUAUCACCCUUGGAUCGUAAUGUAAAAUUCUUUUACCAUGUCAAGAAAUUAUUAAAAAUGCAGGUACUUUGACCUCUUUCUAAAGCUGCA